UUAUUUGACAGCACGUCAAGAUUCCUUAGGAAUUUGCUGAAUCUGUUUAUUUUGGUUACUGCAUUCUUCGUGUUCCUAUUCAGUAAUAAAUACUUAUUCCGCUCCAAUAAUGAGUGACACGGAAUCUAAAUCCGAUAAAAAACCCAUCGUUAUAAAGAAUGCAACUGAUUUACAAAGACUAAAAUUAGAAAAGCUCAUGAAAAAUCCAGACAAGCCAGUGGUGAUACCAGAGCCACCGCGAUCAAAAUCAUUGGCUCCACCUCCCGAUUUUGUUCGCAAUGUGAUGGGUUCGAGUGCUGGCGCUGGUUCGGGCGAGUUUCACGUGUACCGACAUUUAAGACGAAAAGAAUAUGCGAGGCAAAAGUUCAUACAGGAGAAAAGCGAAAAGGAAAAACUUGAUGAAGAAUAUCACAAUAGAAUAGAACAGAAUAGAAAAGCAGCAGAAGAGAAAACCGCUAAAAAAAGAGCUAAGAGACUAAAGAAAAAGAAAAAUGCCAAAUUGAAAGGGAAACAAACAAAAACAGACAAUAAGCAGAAUCCAUCAUCACAGUCUGACAGCAGUAGUGAAGAUGAUGAGACUGAGGAAUCUAAAAAGGACCAAGAUCCUACUUCAACACCUGAAGAAAAGUCUUCAUAACAAGAAAUAUCAACUGAGAAACUAGAAAAUAAGUAAAUUAAAUGAAUUACACUA